AAAAAAAAUGUCUGCUGCAUCGGGCUAUGUUGCUGUCCCUCGCUGUCCGGUGAUCUUUGAUGGUACUAACUACACUGAGUUUACUGGCUUCAUGCGCAUUCACAUGCGUGGCAUCCGUCUUUGGGGUGUUCUUUCUGGCGAGGUCUGCUGUCUGCCACGUCCAGUUCCUCCGGUGGCUCCUACUCCGCCAACUCCAUCGGUUCUUCCUACGGAUGCUAAUCAGGCCGCCAAGGAUGCGGCUAAGGUUGCUGAUGAGGCUGUUGAUCGUGCUUAUGAUGAGAGGGUUUUGGCUUAUGAGGAGGCUCUUCAGACAUAUCAUGGUGCUCUGUCUGUUUACACCCAGUGGCUUGAUGAUGAUGCUCGUGCUGCAGCUGUUCUCACUGCUAGUGUUCUACCUCAGUUUGCUUCUGAAUUUCUGGGUCUUUCUACUGUCUUUGAGAUGUGGACCCGUCUUCGUGAGCGCUAUCAGCCCUCUGGUGAUGCCUUAUACCUCUCUGUGAUCCGUCAGGAGCAUGCUCUUCAGCAGGGUGACUCCACUGUUGAUGACUUUUAUGCACAGAGUUCUGCUAUCUGGCGCCAGCUUGAUUCUCUCCGUAGUGCUGGGUGUCAUACCUGCCCCUGUUGCCAGGCUGUCCAGGCCAAUUUGGAUUUUCAUCGCGUCUAUGAGUUCUUGUCUCGGCUCCGUAAGGAGUUUGAGCCCCGGCGUGCUCAGUUGUUUGCUCGUGGCCGUAUUUCUCUCAUGGAGGCGCUUUCUGAGAUUCGUGCUGAGGAGACUCGCUUACGUGGUGCUGGUUUGCUGGAGGUUCCCUCUGUGCUUACUACUCGUGCUCCUACGCCACUUGCUCCACCGACCCCUUCUCGCUCGAGUGCUCCGCCGCUCUUGCCCACUCCUUCUGGAGGCUCAGGUCGCCCCCGUCCACAUUGCGCCUAUUGCAACAAUAAUGGUCAUCUUGAGUCUCAGUGCUACACGAAGAAGAAACACCUGCGCAAGGCUCGAUCAUCAUCUUCCGGGACUUCGUCAUCUACCUCGACAGCUUCAGCCAUUGCUUUGACUGAGCAGGAUAUUCUGAGACUUAAGCGUCUGCUCGCGGCUUCAGGUUCUUCCUUGACGGGUACUGCCGGUUCUGUGACUGAUGCUUCCCGCACUGAGCAAUCACCCUCUACACAGUCAGGACCGUCACACGCACACUCUGGUUGGGGCUGGCCCUCGCCGCCGUGAUUCUCAGGGUCUUUGGGAGUUGGACUGGCUUCAUGUUCCUUCUGCUGCCACCACCAUCGCCAGUUCUUCCGCUUCUGUCGCCUCCGUCACUGGUUCCUUCCAGCAGUGGCAUCAUCGACUUGGUCAUCUGUGUGGUUCUCGGUUGUCUUCUUUAGUUCGUCGAGGCCUUCUGGGGUCUGUCUCAGGAGAUGUCUCUUUAGAGUGUCAGGGUUGUCAUCUUGGCAAGCAGAUUCAGUUACCAUAUUCACAUAGUGAGUUAGUGUCUAAGCGUCCUUUCGAUUUAGUCCAUUCUGAUGUAUGGGGUCCGGCCCCUUUCGCUUCGAAAGGUGGUCAUAAAUACUAUAUUAUUUUCAUAGAUGAUUUCUCUCGUUACACAUGGCUUUAUUUCAUGACUUCUUGUUCUGAGGUGUUGUCUAUUUAUAAGCGUUUUGCUGCCAUGGUUCAUACUCAGUUCUCUUCACCCAUUCGUGUUUUUCGUGCUGACUCCGCUAGCGAGUAUAUCUCUAAGAUGUUGCGUGGUGUUCUUGCUGAGCACGGGACUCUCUCUCAAUUCUCUUGUCCUGGUGCUCAUGCUCAGAAUGGUGUGGCUGAGCGAAAGCAUCGACAUCUUCUUGAGACGGCUCGUGCAUUGAUGAUUGCUGCCUCUCUCCCGCCUCAUUUUUGGGCUGAGGCCGUCUCCACAUCCACCUAUCUUAUCAAUAUACAGCCUUCCGCUGCUCUACAGGGUGGUGUUCC